AAUCGUGAGGCUUAUCGCGUGCGCUAGCGCUGCCAGCAGCGUCCACCGAGCAGCGGAAAAGUAGAAGUGUAUGUGACACGGUCGGAUACGGGAAGAGCACAGCAGAGCAGAGGUGCACUCACGCGUACGCUCCGUUAUCAGCAGCUGCGAGGAGGGAAAAAUGUGCUCCACCAGUAGUAGUUAGUCGGUCCUUCGCUAGGCAGCGUGCAGGGUGACAGAUUCUUCCUUCAGUAUCUCACUCAGGAAUCUUCUGUGAUAGUGUUCAGUGUGCUGCAGGUCUCGGUUGUGAUAAGACUCGAUAGUUUACUUAGUCUCAGUAGGCCUUUAUUUAUUUUAUUCAUAUCCUGGUUCGUCGGUUGCUGCUUGCUUGGGUGAAGUGUGGUUUGAGAUAUACCUCAUAGGUAGUUGCUUGGUGAACGCGUGCACAGCGGCGGUACAGAAACCGGAAUCUUCUCAUCCGAGCCAGUAGUGGCGAGCUUGAUUUAUACAUACGGCAAUUUCAUAAUGGUUCAAGUUCGACCACUGCAUUUACAACGUCAGCAGGCUUGAGAGAGAUGCAAUGCAAGUUGAAGUUCUGUUUUCGUGUAUCCCUACGUUUACCACUUAAUCGGCCAGCUGUGAAUGAAACGUGUGUGCUUCAUUCGCGAUAAGAGUAUGAACACCGUCAUCGUCGUUUGUGAUUCGAACAAAAUUCUCAGAAGAAACGGAACAUCACAUCACUAUCGUUAGCAUCUUCGGAAGGUCCAAGGUGCGCGCCAACGAAAAGCGAAAAGCGAAAAGCGAUCCGCUCCGAUUCGAUUCGAUCUCAGCAGGCGCGAAGAAAGUGUGCAUCACUAAUUCACUACGCAGUCGUCGUGUCAAAGUGCAAUCCGCGGAAAACACCAGUUUUGUCGGAGCUGACUGAGUUCCAGGCAAGGAAGGAAAAACAAUGCCGCCCACCGAGAACCGAAGCCGGGACGGGCAUGUUUUAGUGUGGGAACAAGCCGGCAUCGCCGAUGGAGAUGUGCCAAAGUUCAGUCGUUUCGGUACGCGGCACUAUGUCGUGUUCAUGCUGUUCCUGGGGAUGGCCAAUGCGUACGUAAUGCGCACCAACAUGUCGGUGGCGAUCGUGGCGAUGGUGAACCAGACGGCAAUCGCCCACGAAGCCGAGGUGUUCGACGACGAGUGUCCGGACACCGAUUACGGCGACCAGGACGACUCCGGCCACCAGGACGGGGAGUUCCUGUGGAGCACCAGCCUGCAGGGCUACAUCCUGUCGUCGUUUUUCUACGGCUACGUGAUCACGCAGAUUCCGUUCGGGCUGCUGGCGAAACGGUACGGUGCGAUGCGGUUUCUCGGCUGGGGAAUGUUGAUCAAUUCCGUGUUCGCGUUCCUGGUGCCGGUGGCAGCACGGCAAGGUGGAGCCCCGUGGUUGAUUGUCGUGCGGUUUAUUCAGGGUUUGGGCGAGGGACCAAUUGUGCCCUGCACGCAUGCCAUGCUGGCUAAGUGGAUUCCACCGAACGAGCGGUCGCGAGUGGGGUCGAUCGUAUAUUCCGGAGCUCAGUUCGGAACGGUUAUUUCUAUGCCGCUGUCCGGGCUGCUGUCCGAUCACGGAUUCGACGGCGGUUGGCCGUCGAUUUUCUACGUGUUCGGCAUAAUCGGUACGGUGUGGUCGGUGGCUUUCCUGUUCACCUGCCACGAAGAUCCGAUCACGCAUCCGACGAUCAGGGAGGACGAGCGAAAGUACAUCCAGCAGUCGGUGUGGGGCAAGGCAGGCGUCAACAUUCCUCCAAUUCCGUGGAAAUCCAUUCUCUGCUCGAUGCCCUUCUACGCGAUUCUGUUGGCGCAUUUAGGUCAGAACUAUGGCUACGAAACGCUGAUGACCGAACUGCCCACGUACAUGAAGCAGGUGCUGAGGUUCUCCAUCAAGGCGAACGGCACUCUGUCCGCCCUGCCAUAUCUGGCGAUGUGGUUGUUCUCGAUCGUGGUCGGCUGGGUUGCCGAUUGGAUGCUGUCAUCCGGCCGAUUCACCCACACCAUUACGCGCAAGAUCUCGAACAGCAUCGGUCAGUACGGACCGGCGAUCGCCCUAAUUGUUGCGUCCUACACCGGCUGCAACCGCGCGCUGACGGUGGCAAUCCUGACGAUCGGUAUCGGCCUCAAUGGAGGCAUCUACGCCGGCUUCAAAAUCAACCACCUGGACAUCACGCCGCGCUAUGCCGGCAUCCUGAUGGCCAUCACCAACUGCUCCGCUAAUCUAGCUGGUCUAUUAGCACCGAUUGCAGCUGGCAACAUCAUCGAAGGAAAGCCAACGAUCGCCCAGUGGAGGAUCGUGUUUGUGAUAGCGGCCGGGGUGUACAUCUUCACCGCGACAUUCUUCAACAUAUUUGCGUCCGGCACGAGGCAACCGUGGGACAAUCCGGACAACGAUGAACCUCAGAAGCCGGCUUCGAUCGAGGCGGCGAGUGGCACGUACGAGAACGGUCACGCGCACGGCAACGGUACGACGCCGACGACGACGACGACGACGGCCACGUACCGAAACGUUGCCAACGAACAGAGGCAGUUGUAGGCUGUGUAGGAUUUACACAAUAGUUAAGCGAAACACAAACACACACACACACGUACACUAAGUAAAAGUUAAGAAAUCAUACCCUUUUUCCCCGGAUGGGAUGCUACCGCCGCUGCGGACGCAGUGGCCUCAUCAAAUUUGAUUAUUUUGAUUACGUUAUAAUUUGGAAACUUUCCAAGACCCUUUUUCUCCUUUGCUUAUUGCUCUAGAUUAAUAAUUAUUGUUAUGAUAUUCUUGUAGAAUGUCGGUGAGAAUAUCAAGCGAGUGACUUUCUAGUUAAGUUUAUUUGAAUACAAAUCUGUUUGUAGAAGUAAAUUAUGAAUGAGCAUGAAAUGGAAUGGGUUUUUGCGUGUGCCACAGUUCGCGGGGAAGCGAAGCGAAAGACUUGUGAUAGGACGUUUUGUUUUACCGAAGUUAGGUAAAAACUAAUUAGAAGAAAGCCAAACUGCCCGAAUUUUAGCCAGGCAACACACUGUCUAAUCGGUGAAUCGAUUAGAGUUAGAGUCACCCCGAAAGGUUGUGUAGUUUUGUUAGACUCGUUUUUUUUUAAAAACAUUGCAGGGCAAGAAUAUCGUUAGACAUAUCGCAGACCGACAAUUCCACAGUGCCGUAGCGCAGAACAAAGAGCAGGCAGACAUCGUUAAAAGGUUGUACAACUGAUUUGCAUGCAAAGUGCUUGUAACAAAAACUAACGGAGCUUUAGAAAUAUACACUAAUUAAAUAUUUUUACCUUGUACAUAUUUCAACGCUACAAGAGAAGUGAAAAAAUAAAAACACAAGGCACACAAACACACACACACAGAAACGUAAUGCGAUAAGAAAGGCGACAUCCUUUCGCAGCCUUCCUUCCAUUUCGGAGAAAAAGAGAUGCUGUUGAUGAAGAAGAUAAUUGUUGAUAAAAUAAAACGAUAACAAUCAAACAUUAGCAUGGCCUGCCGCGAUAGUCGCGGCAGGUAAUGC